CGUACGUUUGUUAACAUUUCCUGAUGUUUCAUAAGUAGUUCACUGCAACAACAUUACAAAAAUCCAAUUCCCCGAUGUAUUUAUCGUAAGUUGUUUCUAGUAAGUUUAUAGAUAACGCCCGCAAGAUAACACGUCGACAACAACAACCGCAAGCCGGAGUGUGGUGACUCUGCGGGCAGGAAAUGUGGUAUGCCGUGAUCACUCGGUUCCUUCGUCGUCGGAUUGUGCUGGCGGUCAUCUUUCUGCUGUCGCUGACGUACUGCAUGGUGCGGCUGAUUGGAAAUAACGUAUCGCUAAACUUGGACGGUGACCUAUUUCAAACGGGUCUACAGCGUGAGAAGCCCAUCAUCUGGACCAGUUCCGUUGUGGAGGAUCGCAACCGAUCUAACGAUCUGUCUACAAACUGUCGAAACUCCGUUCAAGGCAAAGCGCUCAUUGUUGACGACCGGGGCUACGUCUGUACCAGGUUCGAGCUAUUGUGGACGGGAUGUUGCAACGUAGAGGUGGAAAGCACUAAACUGUUCCACUGCGAGACGUGCCUGAGCAGUAAUUGUUGUGCAAUUUACGAAUACUGCGUAUCGUGCUGUAUGCACCCAAACAAGAGGCCGUUACUAGAAAGGGUACUGGCGAAGGCAACCGGGCGACAAAUCGCGGUCUAUGCCACAGUAAACGACCAAUACGAACUGUGCUUGACAAAGUGCAGAACCAACUCACAUUCAGUGCAGAACGAGAACAAAUAUCGUGAUCCAAAGUUGAAACAUUGCUACGGCGAAACCGAAGAACAGCUCACUGGGCCGAACAGCAGAAACAGUGCCAGUGGUGCGGUGGACACAAGUGACAACAAUAAUCCUCUAGUAAAUAGUGUGUAGGUGUGUGAGAUUGCUGAUAAACUGACAAAUGCAUGCGGCUUGUGAUAAGAAGAUAGAACCCGUUAAAUGAA